GCCCGUUAAACAUCCAUAAGAUCACCACUGAAUUGAACGACGCCGUUUUCUCUUCCGUGUCUACCACUCUUGUGUUUCCGUCGAUACUUUUCCUGUAAAUAGCCAAGUCUUCUGCUUGUAUAGAUUUUAGUAAACCCUUCUAAAUUCUCCGUUGCUUCUUCAACCUUUUCAUAGACGCGCACGUAUCCGAUCGCACCGCAAAUUCAAAUUUCGCAAAUGAUUCCUGGAUAACAUCAAAACGCGGUUUCCCCAAAUACAAAACGGCAACAUUUCUGCUCUCUCUCUUCUUUAUAUGGGAAAAUCGCUUCCUGGCACCACUAAGAUCAACCAAUUCACUGCAGCAGCAUCCAAACUCUUGAAACCCUCGAAACCCAUUUCGCUGAAUUCGUCAAGACUGCCUCAAGAUAAGUCGUUUAAUAGGAAGAAGAUGGAGAGCAGUACUCGCAGAGACACCACCAGCAACACCAGCAAUAGUAACGACACCGCCCAUCAAGACCAACGCGUGCCGCUUUCUGAGGUCGUUUCGGAUUGUGUCAAGCGCUGGUUCAAGGAUACGCUCAAGGAAGCCAAAGCAGGUGAUAUCAAUAUGCAGGUCUUGGUUGGUCAGAUGUAUUAUAGCGGUUAUGGUGUUUCUAGAGACGCCCAGAAGGGAAGGAUUUGGAUGACCAGAGCAUCAAGAACUCGGUCUUCGGUUUGGAAAGUGAGCGAUAAGCAUCCAGGCUAUAAUGCAAGUGAUUCUGAUUCUGAUGAAGUAAAGGGUGAUUCUUGAGCUGGCCAUGCUACCUUUACAACAAAAUUUGAUCCGACUCGCACAACGAUUUAUUUGUCUUCAGAGUUGGAUGUUUCUGUAACAAUUCUCUUGACCUUCUCUAGAUUUUGUCUCUUCUUUCACUUUUGAAAGUAAGAUUUUGGUGUUUUCUUUUAACCAGAUACGAGUACAGUGCAUCUGCGUAUUCCGUAUGUCCAUUAUCAGAAAGAAAAUAAUAAUAUUUGUUGAUUGACGCUCUGUGGAAAGAAUUCUCUUUUCUUUUCUAGCCUGUCCUUACGGAAAGGUUCAA